AUGCACGACAGAGAACUUACAAGCAUACUAUUGUUGCUAUCAGCAACAAAGUCCCAAUCCGAAACAACAGUGUCGAUAGCACCCGAAGGUACCCGAGCGACGACAACAAAGGAUUAUAAAUCAUCAUCACCAGGAAACAGCACAACAAUCUUACGUAAAACAUUAGCUGAUCAAGAAGUCGACGUGCUUGCGCAUUUGCCAGCCUUGAAAAAUGAUAGAGAACGUGAAACACCUUUCUAUUCCAAGCUCACUACCGAGCCCAGUCUCGAUCCACGUGACACACAACUCAGCCAAAGAAAACUCAACUAUAAGGAGAAGCAUUCAGCUCUAACAAGCAACAACCAUGACACGAACAUUAGCAGCAAUAAAACGACAAAGUUGCUAAAAAUUGACCUGCUAAAGACUGAAAAAGCUAGUAGUUCCGACAAUCAAUCAAAGAAGCACUUUUUUGAGCAGCUUAUUGCGCCCAACGGUCACAAAAUCGUCGACUUGAACGGCCAUGAAUUGGCAGAGUUCAAUCUUGAAGGAAAUGAGAGCGAGGAAGGCGAUUUUGAUGAGUCAGAGUCUAGAGAGGCAACCACACCUAAGAUCGGCGUGAUUUCGCUGGCCAAUGACACCCAAGUGAAUUUCAAGGGCCACAAAAAAGAAAUCCACGAAGACGCGGUUCUGAUCAAGGGUCACAAGUUGAUCAAAAAUCCGGUGGAGAAACUCAAGACUUUCGAUAAAUUCGACCAAAUUGAGGGUCUAAAUGCUUCUGCGGCGUUGGGGUCCAAUAUUGGCGAGCCAGAGCGAAUUCAAGAGCAGAAAUUGCCCUCAGAGUUAAUAGAGCCGGAGAUUGGAGAUAACAAGACGGAAAAAGUUGAGAGUAACGGCAAGAGUGAACAUUUUGGAGAAAAUGAAAAUGAGGAAGGUGAAAAUGACAAUGAAGAAAGCUUGGAGAAGAGUGAGGACCUGGGUGAAGAAGAGAAAGACACUGAAGGCAAAGUGAACGGAAAUGGUGAUGGUUUGGAGAGAAUUGUUGAAGAAAAAGAACCGAAUAGCAACGAAAAAGACUUAACUCCGAAAGCCCGGACGAUAUCAUUCGGCGGUGGCAAUCGGUUCAGUAGUACAGAAGAGAAAGCUACUGGGUUUGCUAAAGAAAACGGUGAUGUCAAUUUAACAAAAGACUUUAAACCGUAUCCGUAUUUUAAAACACCUACUGUUGUGGUUAAUCUAAAUGCAAGUGAGAAUAUUGAUGUUAAUGUUAAUGCAAUUGAGAAAAAAAAAUCAGGUGUUUUUAACAAAGAAACCGACGAAAUUUACACCUACGAAAAUACGAUAAACAAAAGCAAAGAUGAGAAGAAUUAUUUGGUUACCGAGUCGUCGGUAGUUAUUGACAAUAGCAUUCAGACGAAGCGGGUUAAUUUAAAGCGGUCGAGUAAUGCCACUAAAUUAUUGACCGAUUCGUCAAUAUUGUCGCCAUCCUCCUCCUCUUUGUCGUCUGUUACGGUCAAAUCAAUUGCUGAACCAGUUAACAAUACGCAUGUUGAUGUUGACGUUAGUGAUAAUGACAAACUUAAUCUUAAUCUUAAUCUUAAUCUUAGCGAUAAUUUGAAGAUAAAAGACAAUGUUAAUGACAUUCCGCGUAAUCCUGGGGAAGUAGUAGAACGUAAAGGCACGGUUGAUCUGGCCAGUAACGGUCUUACUGGUGAGAACAUUGAAAAAAACUCAACAGACAGGGAAUUGGUGACGAGUGAAAGGCCAAUUAUUGAGGCAAACAUCAAUCAGAGCAGCGUUGAAACGCAAUUAACUGAUGAAAUUCUUCGGGUUAAUAUUACGGAAUUAAAUGAAACUGCGACGAUGAGUCCAACAACAACUUUGACAACUUUAACAACAACAACAACAAUAACAACAACUCCGAUAAUGACAUCUACAACAACAACAAGUUAUGAAAAACCCGUGGAAACAAUGAAUUUAAAUUCAUCUUCCAUAAAGCCCCCGGGCGUUCAAUUAAUUUCAACUUCUCCGGCAGCGACGAGCUCUGACGUCGACGAGGAGGAGGUAACAACUUCCGGCGUCACGGCAAAUAAAUUGGAAAUAACGAGUAGUCCUAUAACGGAGGAAACAACUUUAUCACCGGAGAAUAUGACAUCUCCUGAAAACUUUUCGAAGACACUGACGUUUAAUUCUACGGUUAGUUCUAUUGAUUUUCCAGAAAUUACAACCGCUGCAGUGGAAUACGAGUUUGUGGGGCUUAAUGAAUCUACUUCGGCGCCUUUUGAUACCACCAGUGGCGAUGCUGAUGGUGAUAGAAAUGUUUCGACAACUUUGGCCCCCAAAUUGUCCAGUGUCUCUUCCGAAAGUCCUGACGAGGAAAUUACGACCAUUGAAACUGUUACGGGAAAUGAAUUGCUGACGACUACGGAGACUAAUAAUAAUCUGACGGACACUACUGCUAGUUACAUAACUACUGCUAAAGAUGCUGCUGAUGAAACAACGAUUAGUUCGGAGGUUGAAGCUACGACCGUUGAAGUUACGAAAGAAAUUAACGGCAAUGAAACUAAUGAUCUGUCGUCGACGGAAUCCAUACCAAUUACUGAAGUAAUUAGCAGCAGUGGGGCUAGUAGUAGCAGUAUUGUCACGACGAACUCCGUGGAAACGACAGCGGAUGAAUUGAACACUAUACCGUCGGUAACGCCGACGUUCAACCCAUUGAACGUGACAAGUUCAACGGAAUCAAAUAUUGAUAAGAUGACGAGCAAAAUAGAGAGUAGCACUGUUGCCACGAGUGUUGAAGAUGAUGUUACUGAAAGCACCGUCAGAGUUGUCACUGAGGAUGACGUUCAACGGUUCACUCCUGGAGAUGUCACGUUGCUUGUUAGGAUUGUUGUUGAGGGCACUUGGACUGAUAUUUGUCCACAUUUGCCUGCACUCAAACAGUCACUGGCUAAUUUGCUCGCCACUGGAAUGGAUAAAAAUGUGUCGGCAAGCCAAAUUAUUUUUCAAAAGAACCCCUGCGAUGAAGUCGUAGGGAAGAACAUGGGGAUGGAAUUGAUUUUGUCGACGAUUAUCCUGUACGUGAUUGAUGAGAACGGAAACUUCGAUGCGGCUAUGACGCAAAAUUUGCCGAAUUUGUACAGCCAGGCGCCCUUUGAAUCACGUCUGACGAUUCGUAGUUUUCAAUUAGUGCAAGACGGAGAUUCUGGAAAUGCCAUUGCCGUAAUAGUGGUUUCCUGUGUGGCUUUUGUGUGCCUGGUUCUUUUAGCCAGCUUACUCUUUAUCAUGAGAAAACGUCAAACGAGAUUCAAUUACGGCGAAAGAUGUCGCCCGGUCUCUUUAGACGCUUACAGUUUGGACAGCGUUUCAGCUUAUAAUAGUGUCAGGCGCAAGGGAGCAAGAGCUUCUAAACGUAGUUAUGGAAACCCUACUUUUGAAGAUUCUGUUUCAGCACGUAUAGACGAAUUACCACCUGGUGCGGAAGUUAAAAAUAGAUACGCAAAUGUCGUGCCUCUACCGGAGACACGUGUGUCACUCAUGAAGAGCAACAAUGAUCCUCUGAGUGAAUACAUAAAUGCGAGUUACGUCCGUGGGCCCAAAAACGCUACCAAGUAUUACAUUGCGUGCCAGGCGCCGAUGGAGUCCACGGUCACUGAUUUUUGGCGAAUGAUUUGGGAGCAGCAGUCCAAGGUGAUAAUAAUGCUGACGGAUCUCAUCGAGAACGGGGUGGAAAAAUGUUCCGAGUAUAUUCCGCCCUCAGAAGUUACCGAUUGCCAUCGUCUUUACGGGGACUAUCAAGUGACGUUGAAAAAACGCGAGACCAAAGAGAAAUACGCUAUUUCCACGAUACAUUUGAAGAAUUUGGAGAACAAUACUUAUCGGGAAGUAUUCCACAUUUGGUAUUUAUGGCCCGCGAAUGGCGUACAAACAGAUGCGGCUGGACUGAUAGCAAUUUUGCUAGAAGCACGGGCUUUGCAAAGAGGCGGUCCUGGACCUAUUGUUGUGCAUUGCAGUCCGGGAACCGGCAGAACUGGUACUCUCAUUGCUCUAGAUUUGGGUAUCAGGCAAUACGAAAUAACGAGAACUGUCGAUGUCCCCCGCGUUGUUUAUACAAUACGUCGGGAUCGAGCUGGCGCUGUGCAAACUAAAGAACAAUACGCUUUUAUUUACAAAGCAUUGAAUUUAUACGCCACAAAACUAGCAGGAGGAGGUUUAGAAUCAACUUGA